ACUUCAUCAUUCAAAGAUCGUGGUCAAUCAAAUCAUAAUGGGAAAGUUCAGUACUGUAGUUCUAGUGGCCGCUAGCGCCUACGUGGCCUCAGCUGCGGUAAACGGCGGAAAAUAUGCCUAUCUGGCAAUAAAGGGUGGUGAUUACGACGCUGAUGGCUUCAACGCCGAGGGAUACAAUGUAUGGGGCUUUAACAGAGACAUGCAAGACAAGUGGGGACGUGAUAUCACCGACCCUCUUGCCGGUCUUGUUGAGCCCGUUCCUCAAUUCAUCGAGCCCGAGGGAGAAGAUGAGGAUGAUAAAGAAGAAGUAGAAGUAGUAGAAGUUGACCUCAAGGGAGAUGACGAUGACGAUGACUACCAGUUUCACCAAGAGGCGCCCUCACGUCCUCACCCACAAGAGUCUCUUCCCUUCCCACCUGUCGUUAUCAACACACCUUACUUCACACCUCUAUGGAACGACAGACCCGAAGCUUCCAACACACCUCACUUCUGCGAUGAUGGAGGUUACGUUGAGUUUGUAGUUGGUGUUAGUCUAGACUACGAAAUGGCUGCCUGGUACUUGUUUGAUGUGUCUUCCCUACUUUCACUCUCACAGGACCUUUUCCACGUAGAGAACAUGUACGUGAGCAAUGGAACCGAAGCCUCCGGAUCCGAAUUCCAGACACACAUCCUUGUAGAAUUCUGCAAGGCUAAGGAUGUCGACAAGGUCGCAAGCACCGCCGCCGACAUGCCCACUAUUCUAUCUGGAGCCGGACUUCUGACUGAUGAGGUUAUUGUUCAAUCUGGCAUGAACUGGGACUUCUUCCUUACCAACUGCAGGGCUGCCAAGGAAAGCAAAGCCUACGUCAAGGACGGCAAGUGUCUUCCCUGCCCACCUUCACCGGGUUGCCCUGAGGCUAAUAGCACUUGCUCUACCGAUGGUGUACCUUCAUGCCAGUUAGGGCCGCACGAUAGCUGUAGCGUUGGAUACGCCAAGACAAGUAUCUUGUCCCCUGUGUGCCAACCAUGCGCUUUCUUCUACCCCGAAGACGAUAAGGGUGAUGGGUGCCCCGCGAACCUACGCCAAUGUACCGUCGAGACCCCAAUCUCAUCUGGUCUAGCUGCUGAAAACGGCACCUUCGCUUCCGCAGUCUGCUUACUUAACGUUGAUGGUAGCGGUCUUUCUUUCAGCUGUAAUGCUGGGUUUGGUCCCACAGAAGCAAAGUUGGCUGGUAGUUCCGGGUAUUUCGCAGGGUUCUCUGGCGGUGUUUUGAACGACGACCUCGUUUGUGCACCUUGCUCCGAGUCUGUAAACUACAAAGAAAACUGUAACGAUGAGGUGGUUUCGGCAUACUGUGACAUCGUUGAUUACGAAACUGUAACACCAUUAUCCUUCAACGAGUGCCUCAACGGGUGCUGCGCUGACGAUUUCGCCAACUCUGGCAGCUCAAUUGCCUCUGAGUGCAUUGCUGUUUAAGUAACUAGUAAAUAAAUCCACCUACACCUAAAUCAGACCUACAUAUUCGGCGUCACAUUACAAAAAAUUGUCAAUCAAUACUAAAAAAC